UUGUUGUUCAGCUUGACUUUUGAACGCAUUUAACUCUAAUAUCUUAUUCACUCAUUUAGAUAAUCACAAUGUUGCUUGGGACAGGUAUCUGAAUAAACUAGCGGGGUGGGUCAACCCGUCUUAUACUCUCCACUCCGCGCCUGUGGGUCAACCCGUCUUAUUCUUCCUAUCCACGGCUGCAGGUGAGUUUAUCUCCUUCUACUCCGAAGUGUUGGGUGUAGAGAGGUUUAGUUUCUAUCUCCUAGAGGUCACCCCGGCCAUCCUCGAGUUCCUUGCUAACCUCCAGAACAAACAAGACGACCUCAAUAUUCAACUUCGACUGGUAUUCUGGGAUCUCGAUGAAGAACUAAAAAUCAAUUCGAAAUCUUUAUGGGACUACGGUGCCCUUACUCUUCUUACUGACUGCUUAUAUAGUGGUAUGUCUGAGUAUGAGUAUACAUAUAUAGUAGAUCUAGAUGAAUACAUAAUGCCCAGGUAUACAACUGCAGCUAGGAAUAAGACUGAUGUACUGGUGAGUCGAGCACUUGAGAGUAUUAACAGUGGUCAGGGAAAGAAUGUUGACAACUUUUUGUUCCGAAACACCUUUUUUUGCUCCGAAUUUAAUAAAAAAGUUGAUUAUGAAAACAACUUUGACAUUUUUAAAAUACUUUCUAGACAGAAAUCUAUCUGGAGUCCCCGUCUGCGAGCUAAAAUGUUGGUGAGAACAAUGACAGCUAUAGCUGUAGGUCAUCACAGUAUUUUUGAGUUCGUGGAUCCUGUGAAUUCCUGCAACUAUCCUGUACCUCAUCAGAUAGCGAUGUUGAAUCACUACAGAUCAUGCUUGGAUUUGAACUCUGGAUUUAUGGGUUUGGGUGAACCUGUUCUAAGUGAUGAUGUUGAAUAUGAUGAUACAGCUCUAGUUCACCAGUAUUCAAUAAAUAAAUCUCCAAUCAGUAUUUUCAUUCGACAACAUAUACAGGAUUCAGUGUCACCAUAAAUAUUCAUCGACAUCUCAUACAGGAUACAAUGUCACCAUAAAUAUUCAUCGACAACAUAUACAGGAUAUAAUGUCGCCAUAAAUAUUCAUCGACAACAUAUACAAUAUAGAACGUCGUCAUAAAUACUCAUCGACAACAUAUACAGGAUACAAUGUCUCCAUAAAUACUCAUCGACAACAUAAACAGGAUACAAUGUCGCCAUAAAUAUGCAUCGAUAACAUAUACAGGAUAUACAAUGUAGCCAUAAAUAUUCAUGUUAUCAUAACAUAAUAGAGAAUAAGCGUCGAA